AUGUCUGAGCUAGCUCCUCCGAAUAAGACUCUACCGAAUCCAACAGGCAGACCAGUCGAAUGUAUUCCUGAGAUCUUUUCGAGUGGCCUGCUCACCAGCAACCUUAAUGGAUACCGACUGGAGCUCGUGCUCAUGGAGUACUAUGGCCAGUCAAUGGCCGAGUAUCUGAAAGGCAAGCCCAACGAUCAGAAAGAUGAGUUAUUUCCUAGAUUUGUCGAGCAGAUAACCUUGUGUCUUGCCCAAGCAAAUAACAUUGGUGUCCUGCACAGGGACAUCUCGGCAGGGAAUGUGUGCAUCAAAAACGACAAGGUGUAUGUCAUUGACUGGGGCUGUGCCAAGGUCAUUGGCUGGAGCACUGCUGGGGAUGCUGCCAGGGACAUUGACCCAACUCAGCUCAAACACAUUGAGGUUGCCGAGCAGCGGGGGUUCAAUGCGAGAACAGUGGGACAGGUGGAGGUGGCCAAGGACCCAUUUACAGGGACGCCGCUUUUCAUGGGAAUUCCCAUGCUCAGCAGCAGCCCCAUCCGGGGAAUCCUUGACGACCUGGAAAGUGUUCUCUAUGUCGUUAUAGACGCAGUGCGUCCAGCCGGCACUAAGAGGGAUGAUGUCCAGGGCUUCAAGUUCCUGGAUUAUCCACCCCUUGCCAUCGUAAAGUGGGGUUUAAUCCAAGAGGAUGCUGUCUUGCUGGGAGGAGUUUGGUGUUAA